AUGUCAAUUGGUCACCGUGCUGCAGAAGAAAAAGGUCGUGAUGAAUUCAGGUAUCUCGCAGUUUGCGGCUCUUCUGGGCGAUUCGGCAUCUCUCCCCGCCUCCAUAAGGUAGAUCAAGGAUCCAAGGGUCGUGUUGGAACAUUCACCGACCUUUCGCCCGUUGACCACUAUGGCCAGGGGCCAGCAAAUCACACUCAGGCCAUCACAAUGUACGCUGCAUCCAGCACGAUCGACCAAGAUGUCGCAGUGGAAUCAGAAACUCUACAAGCCGCGUCCUAUCGUGGUACCGUGCGGUGCAGUGCGGUUUUGGUGCAUAGCAAACCCGGGCAGCUGGGCAAGAUGGCGCCCGCUUAUUUGAAGUCUCCGAAGCUCGGUAGCCAUGAAUACAAACUGACAAACAAGCACACCUAUUUCCCACUAUACCAGAGGAGUUAG